GUCCCCUCCUCAGACGAGACGUGUCCUGCCAACGUGUGGGACUCUAAGAACCGCGGGGUGAACGGCACCCAGAGAGGACAGAUCGUCUGGAGGCUGGAGCCUGGACCUUACUUCAUGGAGCCUGAGACUAAGAUCUGCUUUAAGUACUAUCAUGGAGUGAGUGGAGGCCUGAGAGCAACAACCCCCUGCAUCACCGUCAACAACCCAGGACUUCCUGUUAGAGCCGAGGGUCAAGCUGAGGGCCAAUCAGUGACAGAGAACUGUCGGAAACUCGUCAGCUUCACUUUAUCAGAUAUCUGUGCGUUGGGUCUGAAGAAGGGGAUGUUCUUUAACCCUGACCCCUACCUGAAGAUGUCCAUCCACCCUGGGAAGAGGAGUGGCUUCCCCACCUUCACACACCACGGACAGGAGCGUCGCUCCGCCAUCAUAUCUAACACCACCAACCCUGUCUGGCCUGGGGAGAAGUACACGUUUGUGGCUCUGAUGACGGAUGUCUUGGAGAUCGAGGUGAAGGAUAAGUUUUCUAAAAGCCGACCAAUCAUCAAGCGCUUCCUGGGUCAACUGACCAUCCCAGUGCAGAGGCUGCUAGAGAGACCUAAUGCAGAGGACCAGCCGCUAAGCUAUACCCUGUGUCGUCGUCUGCCCACGGACCAUGUGAGCGGCCAGCUGCAGUUCAGAGUGGACAUGACCUCUGGACAUGAUGAGGGCUCUCCUGAUGCCAUGGGUUCCAUCUUGGGUUUGUCAGUGAACGGGGACCCUGGGAGCCCCUCUGACGAUGAAGACCCCCACCCUUCCUCCAGGGCCCGGGGCCCCUCUCCCACAGGUUCCUACUCCUCCCUGCUCAACGGAGAGGUCCACAGGGAUGGAGACGAUGUCUGGAGUGACGCCCGGGGGGCGGUAGGCGAGCUAGACGUCCUGGGAUUGGCAAUCCCGGGCGGCCACACCCAUCGACAGGUGUCCCUCAACGACUACUUGGAUGCCAUCGAAGCUCCUAAGGGCCCGGGAGAGCGGCCCCUGGGCGCGACGUCACCCAAGCUGAGGUCCAGUUUCCCGACGAACACACGACUCAGCGCCAUGCUGCAUAUAGACUCUGAUGAAGACGAGGAGGCAGGGCCGUCCAGGGACCAUCCACCACAUGACAGGAAGCCCUUGCUGCCAUUGGCCAAUGGGGUUCAGGCUGGGGUUGGGAAGGGAGCUGCCUCUUCAGAACAGGGCCUGGGGAAACAAGAGAAAGAGGGGACAGAGGCAAACAGGGGAGAGGUUGAGGGAGCACAAGGGACAAAAGCUGGGACAGGGGUUGGAGAUGGAGAUGGAGAUGGGGAUGGAGAUGGAGAUGGAGCUGGAGAUGGAGAUGGGGACGGAGCUGGAGAUGGGGCUGGAUCUGGGGAUGGGGCUGGAUCUGGGGAUGGGGAUGGGGCUGGAUCUGGAGAUGGGGCUGGAUAUGGGGAUGGGGGAUCUGGGGAUGGAGCUGGAGAUGGGGCUGGAGCUGGAGAUGGGGAUGGAGCUGGAGAUGGGGCUGGAUCUGGAGCUGGAUCCAUGGCUGUGGUUGGCUCUCUAACUAUAGCCAGACCUGGGGUUGGAGCUGGAUCCAGGGCUGUGGUUGGCUCUCUAACUAUAGCCAGACCUGGGGUUGGAGCUGAGGCCAGACCUGUAUCUGUGGUUGGUCCUGGGGCUGGAGCUGUGGCUCCUCUAUCUCCAAUACCUGAGACGAAUACUGCAGUGCAGAAGGUGUCAGAGGACGCUGUGGCAGCCAGGACUGAGACCAGUCGGCAACCAACGAUCUCAGGGGCCACAGCAGCCCAGGAGCCCCUCAGGAACUCACUGCCUGCUGUUCUGAAGACAUCCACUACUCAGAAGAGACGGAAGGAAGAGGAAAUGGCGCCCAAGGCUGAGGAGGAAGGGGCGGAGUCAUCCAGUGAAGGAGCAAGUGCCAUUGCAGCCUCCCCGACGACCAGUAGCGUUGCCGACCAGGGGGGCGGGGCCUCUGGCUCUGAUGUCACAGGAGCAAGGACCGCCAGCGCAGCAGCCAAUGAGGAAGAAGAGGGUGGGGAGAUCUGGCAGAGGAGGUCCAUGCAGGCGUCUGGAGGCGUGUCUCAGGAGGAGGGGGCGCGGUCUUCUGAAGCGAGUGGGCCAAUCGACUCUUCUCAGAGGGUCUCUGAGGAGGGCAGCGAGGCAGGAGGGGCCACAGGUCAAGUCAACGGUCACCAGUCCGUCCGCUCCCUGCCCUCUGUCCGUCACGACAUGGGUCGCUACCAGAGAGUAGAUGAGCCACUUCCUCCCAACUGGGAGGCCCGUAUAGACAGUCACAGUCGUGUGUUCUAUGUGGACCAUGUGAACCGCACCACCACCUGGCAGAGACCCACCGCGCCUCCAGCACCGCAGCUCCUCCAGAGGUCCAACAGCAUACAGCAGAUGGAACAGCUCAACCACAGGUAUCAGAGUAUACGCAGGACGAUGACCAAUGAGAGAACAACAGAGGAGCUGACAGCUCCGCCCGAGGUGCCCACCGACGACACUGACCACCACACUAUCCCAGAGUAUCGUCGUGAUGGUGUGGUGACUCCAGAUAGCUCUCGGUCUCGUCUCAGUCUGCUCCUCCAGUCUCCCAGCGCUAAGUUCCUGACCAGCCCUGACUUCUUCACCUUGCUGCAUUCCAACCCUAGUGCCUACCGCAUGUUUACAGGUAACACCUGCCUGAAACACAUGAUCAGUAAGGUGCGUCGUGACACGCAUCACUAUGAGCGCUACCAGCACAACAGAGACCUGGUGGUUUUCCUCAACAUGUUCUCCAACAAACAGCUGGAGCUGCCCCGUGGCUGGGAGCUGAAGCACGACCACACUGGCAAGCCUUUCUUUGUGGACCACAGCCGGGCCACUACGUUCAUCGACCCUCGGCUCCCUCUUCAGAGCAGCACACGUCCCAGCAGCCUCCUGGCCCACCGCCAGCACCUGACCAGACAACGCAGCCACAGCGCUGGCGAGUCAGCCCACAACACAUGGUGGUUGACCACCCUCGUCAUUCUGGAGGAGGACCACCUGUAA